UUAAUAAUCAGAUUUAAAGAGGUCGUAGUCGGAUUAUACAUAUAAUCGCCGUGCAACAGAAAAGCCAUCGGGAAGUUGUGUGAGAAUGGGAGAAACAAUGAAGAAGGAAGACACGGUGAAGCUGAUUAGUGCAGAGGGUUUCGAAUUCGUCAUCGACAAGAAUGCAGCCAUGGUUUCCCAAACCAUCCGUAACAUGCUCACUUCUCCAGGUGGUUUUGCGGAAACUGAGCAUCGGGAAGUGACUUUUCCUGAAAUAAGCACCACCAUUCUCGAGAAAAUUUGCCAGUACUUUUACUGGUCUCUUCAGUACGCCAGUGGGAAGGAGACUGAAUUCCAUAUUGAACCUGAACUGACUCUGGAACUGAUGAUGGCUGCAAAUUAUUUGCACACUUGACAAAUCUCCUCCUCGACAACGUCUGAUUCUUGACCAUGGAUGGUUGAGGAUGAGUUUGUUGGCAAGCUGAAGAUGAGUGUAAUCAGAAGAGGUAGAUGUAUUGAUGUUUAGUAAGCAGAGUAUUAGGAAAUGGGUCCAUAAAAACAAUAUGUUUGAAAUAUAUACAUAUAAAAAUGUGUAAUUGUACUGUAAAUAUUGAAUUGUUGCAAUAAAACUGGAGUAGUUGACAUUAAAAACG